AUGCGCAGUUACGAUGAUCUCAUACUCUGUAUUACGAAGAUUGGUAUCACUAAGGAAGUGCCGUCACCGAGUGGAUUUAAUCUUCGUCUUACAGUGCCCAAAAAACAUUAUUCUGUACAACGAAACGAUUCACUCCAAUUCAUCACUACGCCUGUUUUCGAAAAGGCGAUGAUGCAAAAAAAGACACCAAGCUCACAAGGUACGGUGCUUACUGUUGCUGGAUUAUUUGUUGUUGGCAUAACACUUGUGUUAAGCGGCAUUAUCGUCUUAUGUCAGAUAUUUGCAGCAAUCGGAGCAACCUUUCCGCAUAUGCGGCAGCUUAUUCAUUGGCUUCGGUAUAUCGAUGCUAUUAGUCUGUGCGCUGCUUCAACUUUGCAACCAUCAGAAGAAAAAGAAAGACAUGAAGAAGUGAUUAUUGAAACAAAUAAUGAAGGGUUGGGAAUGCGUGUUGAUGAAAAUUUAUACGUCAUUGAGAUAUCUAAGCAAGGUCCCUGUGAUGGUAAACUAUUACCUGGAGAUCAUAUCAUCCAAAUUGGAGACCGUAUAGUCCAAACAGUUGAUGAAGCAAGAGAAGCAAUUGAAGCAGCCGGUGCAACAAUUCGAAUUGUGUUCGAUCGUGGACUGCAAAGUAUAGUUCAGAAUAAUAUUCCUGAACAGUAUGAAAGUUUAUUUAAACGUCGUGAAGGAUUCACAUAUCAUUAUGUUCAAAUUAAUUAUGUGAAAGGGUGUAAAUUUGGCCUCGGCAUUAAGCAUUUUCAAAAUAACGUAAUUGUGUCACGUAUUGAUCCAGGUUCUAUUUUCAUAUAUAAUUCUGAAAUUUAA